UUCCGCAUCUGUGGUCCUCUAUUUGAUCUUAUUGAAAGGACAAGUGCCGGGUACUUAUCGAGAGGUACAAGAAUAAGGUCCGGGUUCACUCAGAUUGAGCAGUUGGUCCGAUUUGAGCUGCAAUUGCAAGUGCCAGAGAGCAAAUGCAAUCUGAAGAACCCAGUGGCGUAGAUCUUCAAGAUUAGACAAGAUGAAGCUAUUUUUCUCACUGCUAUGGUUUACCGCAGUCUUCAUCACACGUUUGCAGGCUGCUAAAUUUUGGGAUGACUUCUACGUGACUUAUGGUAACGAAAACGUGAAAUAUCCUGGCUCUGAUCCGGGCUACAUCGUUCAGUUGGGUCUCACUAACAGAUCAGGAUCUGGAUUUCGGUCUAAACUUCCAUUUCUGUACGGCGAGCUUUCCAUGAAAGUGAAGCUGGUGGAAGGAAACUCAGCCGGAACUGUCACAAGCUUUUAUAUGGCUUCUAUCUUCAAGAACUGGUGUGAGCUAGACUUCGAAUUUCUGGGCAACGUGUCGGGGCAGCCCUACAUUCUUCAAACCAAUGUUUUCUCUGAGGGAGUGGGUAAUCGAGAACAACGGAUCUACCUUUGGUUCGAUCCCACGGCUGACUAUCAUACCUACAGCAUACUCUGGAAUCAGGCCCUUAUAAUGUUCAAGGUUGAUAACAGGGUCAUCCGCGUGUUUCACAAAGCAACAGAUCUGGGAAUUCCGUAUCUAGAUUACCAACCUAUGUACAUCUACUCGAGCAUCUGGAACGGAGAAUCGUGGGCAACUCGUGGCGGUCGCGACAAGACCGACUGGACUAAGCAGCCUUUCGUCGCAUCCUACACAGAAUUUAACGUUUCCAGCGCCUGCUCGUUGAAGGACGGCUACGUGACGGAGGAUUUGCAUGCCUGUUACAAAAUGCUGUACCAGAGUUCAUACGGUCAACCUCCCAACCUCGCACUCUCGCAAUCUCAAAUCGACCAUCUAAAACUCAUCCAGAAAGACUUCUUGAUCUACGACUACUGCAGAGACACGAAGAGAACCAAGAACGUUCCACCCCCCGAGUGCUCCAGGAACUGGCCAUCCAUCACACUUUCCUCUGCUAUAACAGCCGCAUCGACUGAAAGUCACGGUUUCUCUGUGUUGGAUUUAUCGCCAAAACUGUCUCGGGACAGACUCACGGUGUAGAGUACUUAAAGCACUCGUAUGCUUCGAAUAUGCAGGUGUUGUGUGACUAGGUGAAUGUACAUUUCCACCCAAAAAAAUUCCUCGUUAAAGUAAACUAAAACGAAAGGCUCUGAGAGUGACCUGUGUUUGAUCUACGCGAUCUACCAGCUGUAAAGCAUUACUGCCAAACUUAUAAACUGAUUCCUCCAAAUGAGCAUCGCCUUCUUUCCUCUCACCGCUGAAACGAAACAUACAUCACGUUCUUUGUAGAUGACGAAAGAAAUAGAGAACCUUACUCACGAAUAUACAAACUUACAGGCU